UUUCCUCUUCUAUCUGUUCAAAACAGAUACACACACACACACACACACACACACACACAAGUCUCUCAGUUCAUAGCAAAAGCAAAAAAGGCACAAAAGCUCCAUUUCGAUCAUCAUCAAUGGCGGCGAAGAGCUUCAAGUACGUGAUCGUCGGUGGCGGAGUCUCAGCCGGAUAUGCGGCUAGGGAAUUUGCCAAACAGGGUGUUAAGCCAGGAGAGCUGGCAAUCAUUUCCAAAGAGGCGGUGGCACCUUAUGAACGUCCGGCACUUAGCAAGGCCUACCUAUUCCCUGAGUCUCCUGCCAGACUCCCUGGGUUCCAUGUCUGUGUUGGAAGUGGAGGAGAGAGAUUGCUUCCAGAGUGGUACAAAGAGAAAGGAAUAGAAUUGAUCCUCAGCACAGAAAUAGUUAAAGCAGAUCUUGCUGCCAAAACUCUGAUUAGUGCUGCUGGAGAAACUUUCAAUUAUCAGAUUUUGAUUAUUGCAACUGGUUCAUCUGUUAUCAGGUUGACAGAUUUUGGCGUACAAGGAGCUGAUGCCAAAAACAUCUACUACUUGAGAGAAGUUGAUGAUGCUGAUAAGCUUGUAGAAGCUAUCAAAGCAAAGAAGAAUGGGAAGGUUGUGAUUGUUGGAGGAGGCUAUAUUGGUCUUGAGCUUAGUGCGGUUAUGAAAAUCAACAAUUUGGAUGUCAAAAUGGUUUACCCUGAACCAUGGUGCAUGCCUCGGCUUUUCACUGCUGAUAUAGCUGCUUUCUAUGAGGGUUUUUAUAAAAACAAAGGAAUCCAAAUUAUCAAGGGAACAGUUGCUGUUGGGUUUACAGCUGAUUCAAAUGGAGAGGUAAAGGAAGUGAAGCUUAAGGAUGGCAGGGUGCUAGAAGCUGACAUUGUUGUUGUUGGUGUUGGGGGAAGGCCUCUUACAACAUUAUUCAAAGGUCAGGUUGAAGAGGAGAAAGGUGGCAUUAAGACUGACUCAUUCUUCAAAACAAGCGUGCCUAAUGUAUAUGCUGUAGGCGAUGUGGCCACUUUCCCUUUGAAAUUGUACAAGGAGUUGAGAAGAGUUGAACAUGUUGACCAUUCACGCAAAUCUGCUGAGCAGGCUGUGAAGGCCAUCAAGGCAAGUGAGGAGGGGAAAACAAUUGAGGAGUAUGACUACCUUCCAUUCUUCUAUUCUCGCUCAUUUGAUCUGUCAUGGCAAUUCUAUGGUGACAAUGUGGGUGACACAGUGAUAUUUGGAGACAAUAACCCAGAAACACCGAAGCCCAAGUUCGGAUCAUACUGGAUCAAAGAUGGGAAGGUAUUGGGAGCUUUCCUGGAGGGUGGGACUCCUGAGGAAAACAAGGCUAUUGCCAAAGUUGCAAGGGUGCAACCUCCUGUUGAGAAUUUGGAUGUGCUAUCAAAGGAGGGUCUUUCCUUUGCUUGCAAGAUAUGAAAACCUUCUUCCAUAGGGGGGAAGAUGGAUAGCUUUUGAUGCCACUUCUUGUCUAUGUAGAUUACAUAAAACUGUUGGCUUUUGUUUUCCUAAUCACUUAUGUUUUGAUUUGGUAAAUUAUGAACUAUGAGCUGCAGAUACUCGUUCCUUAUUGUAGCUUUGAAUUUAAUAAUUUGUUACGUUUACUGCUGGUUAUUUA